CGGAUGCAAGUUUUCGUUCCCAACGAAAUUCAUUUACUUUCUUAAGUUAUCUUUCCUCUGUUACAAUUAUAUGCACAGGUUAGGGAAAUUUCGAAUCAAUCUCUUCGUCCCCGACAAUAAUAUCUCUCGUAGCUUACCCUCUUCCACUCUCCUCUCGGAAUUUCUCCAUUACCUCCCUUGAACAGCACAUAUCAACUCAAACUUGAAGCCAAUACGAAAGAUCUCUAAAAACCCAAGAAAACAAACACUUUGUUGUUUUUUUUUUCAUGGCCAUGUCUUUCUUUGGAGACUUUAGUCGUUGAAGGUGAGUACACAUGGAAAGAAAGGCCAUUGGAAUUGAUCUUGGCACGAGCUACAGUUGUGUAGGCGUGUGGCAGAAUGAUCGUGUAGAGAUCAUAGCCAAUGACCAAGGGAAUAGAACGACUCCAUCUUAUGUUGCCUUCACUGAUACUGAACGUUUGAUAGGUGAUGCAGCCAAGAACCAAGUUGCCAUGAAUCCUCAAAACACUGUUUUUGACGCGAAAAGACUUAUUGGCAGGGGUUUCUCCGCCCCUUCUGUUCAGCGUGACAUGAAGCUGUGGCCUUUUAAGGUGAUUCCAGGUCCUGGUUGUAAGCCUAUGAUUGUUGUUAAGCAUAAAGGUGAAGAGAAGCAGUUUUCCGCUGAGGAGAUAUCUUCUAUGGUUUUGAUGAAAAUGAAGGAGAUUGCUGAGGCUUAUCUGGGUCAUUCUGUAAAGAAUGCUGUGGUGACUGUGCCUGCUUAUUUUAAUGACUUGCAAAGGCAGGCUACGAAGGAUGCUGGUGCUAUUUCUGGGCUCAAUGUUUUGAGGAUUAUCAAUGAGCCUACUGCAGCUGCUAUUGCUUAUGGUUUGGAUAGAAAGGAGUCUCGAAGAGGCGAGCAGAAUGUGCUUAUUUUCGAUCUUGGUGGUGGAACUCUUGAUGUUUCUCUGUUGACGAUCGAGGAGGGGAUUUUUGAAGUGAAGGCUACUGCUGGUGAUACUCAUCUUGGAGGUGAGGACUUCGAUAACAGGCUUGUUAAUCAUUUUUUUGCGGAGUUCAAGAGGAAGCACAAGAAGGAUAUUAGUGGUAAUCCAAGAGCUUUGAGAAGGUUGAGGACUUCCUGUGAGAGGGCGAAGAGGACUUUGUCUUCGACUACACAGACGACGAUUGAGAUUGAUUCUCUGUUUGAAGGUAUUGAUUUCUACACUAAAAUUACAAGAGCGAGGUUUGAAGAAUUGAACACGGAUUUGUUUAGGAAGUGCACGGAACGUGUGGAGAAAUGUCUUCGUGAUUCAAAGAUCGAAAAGAGUCAUGUUCAUGAGGUUGUUCUUGUUGGUGGGUCAACAAGAGUUCUCAGAGUGCAGCAACUCUUGCAAGACUUCUUCAAUGGCAAGGAACUUUGCAAGAGCAUCAAUCCUGAUGAAGCUGUUGCUUAUGGUGCUGCUGUCCAAGCUGCAAUUUUGAGUGGUGAAGGGAAUGAGAAGGUUCAAGAUUUGCAUGUUCUUGAUGUUACUCCUCUAAGCCUUUGGAUUAAGACUGCUGGUGAUGUAAAGACAGUUUUGAUUCCAAGAAACACAAAGAUUCCCACCAAGAAGGAGCUAAUCGUCUCUACAUGCUCUGAUAAUCAGCCAAGAGUGCUUAUUCAGGUUUAUAAACGUGAAAGUGCUAGAACCAAAUACAAUGAUCUUCUUGGUAAACUCGAGCUCACAGGCAUUCCUCCAGCCCCAAGAGGAGUCCCUCAGAUCAAUGUAUGUUUCGAUAUUGAUGCUAAUGGAAUUCUGAAUGUUUCUGCGGAGGAUAGGACUGCAGGAGUGAAGAACAAGAUCACCAUCACCAAUUACAAGGGAAGAUUGAGCAAAGAUGAGAUUGAGAGAAUGGUGCAGGAAACAGAGAAGUACAAGGCAGAGGAUGGGGAGGUUAAGAAGAAGGUGGACGCCAAGAACUCAUUGGAGAAUUAUGUUUACAAUAUGAGAAAUACAGUGAAGGAUGAGAAGUUUGCAGGGAAAUUGGAUAGAGCUGGCAAGCAGAAGAUUGAGAAAGCAAUUGAUGAGACUAUUCAGUGGUUGGAAAGGAACCAAUUGGCAGAGGUGGAUGAAUUUGCAGACAAACAGAGGGAGUUAGAGGGCUUGUGCAAUCCAAUUAUUGCAAAGAUGUAUCAAGGCGCUGCUUCAGACGUGUCAAUGGGUGGUGGUGCUGAAAUGCCAAAUGGUGGUUAUGGCAAGCCUAGCUCCGGAGGUUCUGGUGCUGGACCGAAGAUUGAGGAAGUUGAUUGAGGCAUGACCUUGGGCAAGUAGGGUGUUCUGUUUUGCCUCUCUGCCCUUCUACUCUGUUUGGGCUUGUCACGUUUGACAGAAUUCCUAUGCAAUGUAAAGUUUUAGUUGAGGCUUGGGGGAUUCACAUGUAUGGAAAUCUAUAUCAAUACUUACGUAAAAGAUAUCCAGUUCGAUUUUAGUGAAUAAAAAAUCUUGAAUUUCUUUUCUUUC